GCAGGAAGGAGGCCCCCAAGAUGGCGAUGCUGGCGGAGCCCCGUAGAAAGCAGAAGUGGUCUGUAGAUCCACGAAAUAGCGCCUGGAGUAAAGAUGAAUCCAAAUUUGGCCAGAAGAUGCUGGAAAAGAUGGGCUGGUCCAAAGGAAAGGGUCUUGGGGCUCAAGAACAAGGAAAUACAGAACAUAUCAAGGUUCAAGUGAAAAACAACACACUGGGGUUAGGAGCAACUAUCAAUUAUGAGGACAACUGGAUUGCUCAUCAGGAUGACUUCAACCAGCUUCUGGCUGAACUGAAUGAUUGCCAUGGACAGGGUGGAACAGAGUCCUCAGUGAAUAAUCAGAAGAAGACAUUCAGUCUGGAAGAAAAAUCCAAAUCUUCCAAGAAACGUGUCCAUUAUAUGAAGUUUGCAAAAGGUAAGGAUCUGUCUUCUCGCAGUGAAGAUGAUCUGUCCUGCAUAUUUGGGAAGCGACAGAAGAGUUUGAAGGGACAGGAGGAUAUUGCCAGUUCUAAGUCUCAGGAAGAGAAGCAGGGAAACUGCUGUCUAUCUGAGCCUGCAGAUGGUUACAAUACAGUGAAGAGCGUUCUCACUGUACAGGAAUAUUUCGCCAAGCGCAUGGCAAAACUGAAGGGAUCCCAGAAUGACACAGAAACAAAGGUAGUCAGUUCCAGCCCAACAGCUGAUGAAGCUUUGGAGCCUUCAGGAGAGCUGAAAACCAAAGUCAAAAAGAAAAAGCAGAAGCAGAAGAGAGAUGAGGCCAAGAGUACAGAGCAUUGUGAGAAACCAAAAGUGAAACAGUCGAAGAUAAGUGGUUUGAAUGACGAGGAACUGGAUGCUCCUUUAAAUGCAUGUCACUCAAGGAAAAAGAAAAGGAAACAUAAAGAGCAGCAUGAAGGGGAAAGCAUUAGUUGUAAUGAAAACUUGGGCAAUGGAGAAAUUUAUACAGGAGCAUCUGAUGGGGAAGAUCUGAGUGUAAAGGACUGUGAGGGACGGCAAAAGAAACACCAUAAAAAGAAACACAAGAGGCAAAAAGAGGAAACAGAUGAGUGUAUCAAAGGAGCGCAGAAAAAGAAAAAGAAGCAUUGCAAGCACAUUUCAGAGUGAAGCUGUGACUCAGGUGAUUUGUACCUUAGCAAGUUAGAGAAGUCUGUGUAAACACACCAGCCAGACACCACUUGUGAUCCAGACUUGAGCACACUGCUCUACCUCCAGCAGAAACCACAGACUGUGUUUAAAUAUAGCUCUUUCAAGGGAGAACAUGGUGACAGAUCAAUGUGAGCUUCAGUGCCUGUCGUGGUUUAAACCACCUAUUAAAAAAGAUAUCCAUGGGUACUGCCAAGGCUUGCAUGUCUGCAAACCAAGACUUGACAAAAAAUAGUUCCACUUUGCCUCUUUCAGUAUGGCAGACGGUUCACCUUAGUGGCUUUGCAAGAGCUGUGUCGUAACACAGCAGACCUUGUGCUGCCUUCAGCCCAGAUUCACUGUGGUGCAACGCUGUUCCAGUCAGGUAACAGCAAGCAAAGUCAGACCUGGUUUUAACCACUGUGGUUAAGUGUGGGAAAGUCAGUGAAUACUUACUACCUGCUGCUUCACACUGUGUUUUUCUCCAUCCAGGUUAAAAAGAACAAUUUACCCUACUACUAUCUUUAUUAUUAAAGCAACUGUCGUUUUCGCUUGUGAUAGACCAGCUCUGCUUCUGGAAACACAAGAGGUUUUGCAAAGUUCCAUGUAUUUUUUUCACUGAUUUUUGCAAAGUCAUGUCUAAUUUUUUCCUUGAUCUCCAUUUACAUAUUAAAUAAAUGUUGUUUCUUCCCCAAAUACUUGUUCUAAUAUUAAAGUUUUACACCUGAGUGUCAGUACUAAAGAGUGAAAUAAAAAUACCUCCCUUCAUUUGCUAGCCAGUUGUUAACUAUUCUCUAGCAAUUGUAACCUUGCAACAAAGCUAAAGGAGCUGUGCCUUUAUUAAUCAUAUCUAGAUCCUUGGUUCUCUGGGAACAUUCAGGGUACCUUCAGUGAUGUAUCUGGCAUUCAGAAAGUUGUCUUGGCUAGAGCAAGAGCUUUUUCUCUAAAAUUAGGGACCAGUGGAUUUUAAAAGUUUAGCUGGCCAGAUGCAUUAGUAUUGCUGCGUACACACUGAACACUUGCAGUUUAGGUCUAUAAUCAAAUUAUAGCUUUUUUCUAAUUGUAAACCUGAAAAUAAGCAAUGCUGGAACUCAGCACCACCAUAACCAGUUUUGUAUGAGGUAUUAAACAUUCAGCAUGAAUUUUAACUUGUUAAUCUCAGCUAAGAGCUGUUAGAAGAGAUGGGCAAGUGGAGAAGUAAAGCUUUGGAAUGAGAAGCAGCAUUCACCAUCCUGGAGUCUGAUUCUGAUACUGCUUUAGCCAUAGCAAAGGGACAGCACAAUCCUGAAAGCCAGCCAGUUCUCAUGUCAUAAUCUGGAGUGGCUGACCGGAAUUCACAUCAUUAGCUGUUCAUUUGACUUUGGGCCUUUCUACGUUUCAUCAGUGUAAAUCUCAAACGUCCCACUGGCCUGCACUGCUGAAUAAAAUGGGAACAUUU